CCGAGAAUGAGAAACCACACAGCAACAACCACAUUUAUCCUCUGGGGACUGACAGAUGAUCCUCAAAUGCAAAUUCUGAUUUUCAUAUUCUUGUUUAUCAGCUACUUGCUGAGUGUUGUUGGAAAUCUGACCAUCAUCAUCCUCACAUUAGUAGACCCUUACCUUAAAACUGCUAUGUACUUUUUCCUCCAAAAUUUUUCCUUCCUAGAAAUCACAUUCACUUCUGCCUGCAUCCCAAGGUUCUUGUACAGCCUAACCACAGGUGACAAGACCAUCACCUAUAGUGGUUGCAUGUGUCAACUGUUUUUAACAGAUGUCUUUGCAGUUACUGAAUUUUUCCUCCUGACUGCCAUGUCCUAUGAUCGCUAUGUGGCCAUCUGCAAACCCCUGCAUUACAUGACCAUCAUGAGCCAUGAGGUCUGCAAAAGGCUGGUCUUCUGCUGUUGGAUGAUUUCUUUGUUGAUCCUACUCCCACCAAUUAGUCUGGGACUAAAACUAGAAUUCUGUGACAAUAAUGUUCUAGACCAUUUUGUCUGUGAUGCUAACCCUAUCCUGAAGAUCUCAUGUUCAGAUACUUGGCUCUUAGAGAACAUGGUCAUUGUCUGUUCUGUGUUGAUCUUUGUUGUGACGCUUCUGUGUGUGGUUCUGUCCUACAUGUUCAUCAUGAGAACAAUUCUGAGGUUCCCCUCCGCCCAGCAAAAGAUGAAAGCCUUUUCCACCUGUUCUUCCCACUUUAUUGUGGUUUCUAUUAGCUAUGGUAGCUGCAUCUUUAUGUAUACAAAACCUUUAUCAGAAGAUGAAUUGACCAUUAAUAAAGGAGUAGGAAUACUUGUUACUUCUGUUUCCCCCAUGUUAAACCCCUUUAUUUAUACUCUGAGGAACCAACAAGUGAAACAAGCCUUUAAUAACUUAGUCAAAAGAAUUGUGUUGCUGUCAAAGAAGUAG